AUGGCGUCCGAACUUGAGGACAAUGUCUUCUUCAAGUAUGUCGCGCCCAGCAUGGGCGCGACCCUCGCGGCGAUCAUGUUCCUGUCCCCGCUGAAGGCGGUGCUGCGUGUGCGCCGCGAGGCGAGCCUCGGGGACCUGAACCCGCUCCCGUUCGCGGCCAUCGUGUUCAACUGUUCCGCCUGGAUUGGGUACAGCAUCGUUCAGAGGGACUGGUAUAUCUGGACCUGCAACGUCUGGGGCCUCUCUCUGGGCAUGUUCUACACGCUGAGCGGGUACAAGCUCGCUGGCGGACGGUUAUCGCUCCGCCUUCCCACGCAGGGUCUGAUCGAGGGCAUCAUGGUGUCCCUCGGCGCGGUCAUCGCCCUGCUCGCCUGGCUGUCCGUGAAGGCGGGGAUGAACGACGACCACCGACAGCUCCUGUGGGGCUUUGCGGCCAACGCAAUCCUGCUGGUGUACUACUCGGCGCCGCUGUCGACCGUGGCGCAGGUCAUCAAGACGCGCAACGCCGCCUCCCUCUACUGGCCGCUGUCCCUCACCAACGGCCUCAACGGGCUCAUGUGGACGGCGUACGGCGUUUCGCUGCAAGACUACUUCAUUUGGAUCCCGAACGGCAUCGGAGUCGUGUUGUCCUUGUUCCAGCUGUUGCUCAUCGCCGUGUUCCCGUCCGACGGGCGCCCGAAGCGGUGGGUGACGAUCAUGAUACGCCGCGGGCGCGGCGGCGGCGACAGCGACUCGGAGGGCGCCAAGGCGCUCCAGAGCGGGUCCACGACGGCACGCGACGGAGUGCGGGGUCUGGCGGCGCGGGACGAGGUGGCGACGAUCGCGACGGGGCACGAGCUGCAGGAGACGCUGCGCGAUGAUGCCGCCUAG